GGGGGCUAUUCUCUCUCCCAGGAACAUGGCGGCGAGUCAGGGAGGUGGUGGUAACAGUGGGGGCGGCGGUUGUGGGGGAGGUGGAAGUAGCAGUGGCGGUGGUGCGGCCGGAGUGGGAGGCUGCGGGGCUGGAGGAGGAGGAGGCGGCGGCGGCGGCGGGACCCUGGCGGUGCCCAUCCCGGUACCGACUCUUUUCGGUCAGCCGUUCCCCAACGGGCCGCAGUGGAACCCGGGGAGCCUGCAGCCUCAACACACCGUGCGGAGCCUGGACCGGGCCCUGGAGGAGGCGGGCAACUCUGGCAUCCUGAGCCUCAGUGGCAGGAAACUCCGAGACUUCCCGGGCAGUGGCUAUGACCUGACGGACACCACCCAAGCAGAUCUUUCAAGAAAUCGUUUUACAGAAAUUCCUUCUGAUAUCUGGUUGUUUGCACCACUUGAAACAUUAAAUUUAUAUCAUAAUUGCAUCAAAAUCAUUCCUGAAGCCAUUAAAAACCUGCAGAUGUUAACAUACCUUAACAUUAGUCGAAAUCUUUUAUCAACACUGCCAAAAUACCUGUUCGAUCUCCCCCUUAAAGUUUUGGUUGUCAGUAAUAAUAAACUGGUAUCCAUUCCAGAAGAAAUUGGGAAGUUAAAAGAUUUAAUGGAAUUGGAUAUUAGCUGCAAUGAGAUUCAGGUCCUUCCCCAACAAAUGGGGAAAUUACAUUCACUUAGAGAGCUAAAUAUAAGAAGAAAUAGUCUUCGCAUGUUGCCAGAUGAAUUAGGAGAUCUUCCCCUAGUCAAGCUGGAUUUCUCUUGUAACAAAGUGACAGAGAUUCCAGUUUGUUACAGGAAGUUGCAUCAUUUACAAGUAAUGAUUUUGGAUAACAAUCCAUUGCAGGUACCACCAGCACAGAUCUGUUUAAAGGGUAAAGUACACAUAUUUAAGUACUUAAAUAUCCAAGCAUGUUGCAGAAUGGAUAAGAAACCAGAUUCCUUGGAUCUUCCAUCACUGAGUAAAAGAAUGCCCUCCCAGCCUCUCACAGACAGUAUGGAAGAUUUUUAUCCAAAUAAAAAUCAUGGUCCUGAUUCUGGAAUUGGAAGUGAUAAUGGAGAGAAACGAUUAUCUACAACGGAGCCAUCAGAUGAUGACACAAUCAGCCUUCACUCUCAAGUCUCAGAAUCAAAUAGAGAGCAGGUAUCAAGAAAUGACAGUCAUUCAAUAGGAAGUAAACCUGACUCUCAGAAAGACCAAGAGGUGUAUGAUUUUAUUGACCCCAACACAGAAGAUGUAGCAGUUCCUGAACAAGGAGAUGCACAUAUAGGAUCAUUUGUAUCUUUUCUUAAGGGAAAAGAAAGAUGUCCAGAAAAAUCUCAGAAAAAUGAAGAACUAGGAAAUGAAAAAAGACUUGAGAAAGAACAGUUACUUGCAGAGGAAGAGGAUGAUGAUUUGAAGGAAGUAACUGAUUUGAGGAAAAUAGCCGCUCAGUUAUUGCAGCAAGAGCAGAAGAACAGGAUUCUUAAUCAUUCAACUUCUGUCACGAGAAACAAGGCAAAACAAACUGUGGAAGGCGAAAAGAGUGUCUCAGCAGAUGAAGUAAAUUCACCGUUAUCACCCCUCACAUGGCAGCCCUUAGAAAAUCGGAAGGAUCAAAUAGACGAACAACAAUGGCCAGAAUCUCAACCUAUAAUCUGGCAGAGUGAAGAAAGGAGGCGGAGCAAACAGAUUAGAAAAGAAUAUUUCAAGUAUAAAUCAUCAAGGAAGAGUUCAAGUGGCAAUGAAAAUGAUGAGCAAGACAGUGAUAAUGCUUAUAUGUCACCACAAUCUCCAGUAUCAUCUGAGGAAUAUGACAGAACUGAUGGUUUCUCACAUGGUCCCUUUGGCUUGAAGCCUAGAUCAGCUUUUAGUCGCUCAUCUCGCCAGGAAUAUGGGGCAGCAGAUCCUGGAUUUACAAUGAGAAGAAAGAUGGAGCAUUUACGGGAAGAACGAGAGCAAAUACGACAACUUCGAAAUAAUCUUGAGUCCAGGUUAAAAGUAAUUUUGCCUGAUGACAUUGGAGCUGCACUGAUGGAUGGGGUUGUUCUUUGCCAUUUAGCCAAUCAUAUAAGGCCACGAUCUGUAGCUAGUAUUCAUGUACCAUCACCAGCAGUGCCUAAACUGAGCAUGGCAAAAUGUCGAAGAAAUGUAGAAAAUUUUCUUGAUGCUUGUAAAAAGUUGGGCGUCUCACAGGAAAGACUCUGUUUACCUCAUCAUAUUUUGGAAGAACGAGGUCUUGUGAAAGUUGGUGUCACAGUUCAGGCUCUUCUUGAAUUACCUACAACCAAGGCAUCUCAGCUAUCUAUGGCUUCAUAUAACAUUUUAAAAUCAUGAGUGUAUAGUUUCAUUUAUUUGAAGUGAUUUCAAAUAUCUCAACUUCAUGAAUAAGAAUAUCCAAUCAAAAAUAGUUUAAUUAGAUCAAGCCUUAGGAUUUAAAAAAUUAUAUGUAAAACAUCAAAAUUAAACUUUGAAUUGCCCAAACUCUUUUUGGGAGGGAGACUGGAUUAAUUUAAUAAGAGUUUUUGAUAUAUUCAGAUUCUCUUUUUCCUGAAUCAAUUGAUAACCUUGAUUAUUUUUUAAAAAGCAGAAUGAUACUAAAUGUAAAAAGUGAUUUCAAUUUAAUAAUCAUAUUAGGUUUAAUUUUUUUUUACAUCAUACUAGUAAAUAUCUGGAUAAGGUAAUACAUUUUUUACUGAUUGAAAACAAUUCUAUGUGAAUUCUUUAAUACACUGCUAGUUUAGACAUGAUUUCUUCAAUCUUUGGUCUUAGUUUUCUAGAAAAAAAACAGAACUCUGGCUUUAUAUUAAAUUCUUUUAGUAUUAUAGGUUGGUGCCAAAAUCUUUUCAGUUGUACUGUAGAUUGUUUACAUGUGAAGUGCCUGUGUAACUGAUGACUCAUAUAGUCUUAAGCAUUUUUGCAAUUUCUUUUUCUAAAUGUAACUUUAAAAUAUUUUAGUAGAUUUUAUAAGGUCGGUAAUAUGUGAGGAUUUAAAUAUGCCUCACAUUGUGACAUUCUUGUCUUUUUUUAGUCCAUUGCAAUUUUUCUUAAAUUGGUUAUUUCAUGUUGUCAACAAAACAUUGUUAAUAUGCUUUAUUUAUGCUAUUUAAUUUUGCAAAAUUUAAUCUUCUUUUAAAAUGUAUUAUUUGAAGAGUAUUUUAUUUCUGUAUUGAAAACCUUACACAAAACAGUAAGGUUUUUGAGAACUAGUGAAGUACUGAUUAUCAAGGACAUUUUGAUAAAACUGCCAAAGUUUGGGUUUAUAUGUUGACUUUCAGGAAUGAUACAUCAGUCCUGUUUUUAGCUACAUUCAGAGAGCGGCAAUUGAGGAAAGGUGUUUAUUUCAGUUUUGGCCAUUUGUGGAUCCUGUAAAUUACUUGAUCCUUAAUUAACUUAAUGUUGAAUUAGACACAGACCAUUCUAUAAAUAAAUUCGUAAUUACAUUGUUAGAUAAAGUCCUUGUUUAAUUUAGACAUGGAUAAAUUUAAGUUGGUAGUAGUGCUGGAAUUUUUCAAAACCAUUACUAUAAUGAAUAACUCGGUUUCCUAUAGAAGAACCUUAAUACUUUUGUAGUAGCCAGGCAAGUAUCAUAUCUUAAAUAUGUGAUCGUUUGCACUUAUUACCUCUUAAUAUGGAUGCAACUUAUUAAAAUUGUUGGCCUGAGUAUUUCAAAGGGUAUAUAUAAAAGGAAAAACUAGUGUGCCAAAUGGUUUAGUAAGGGUUGGUUUAGGAACAACUCUUACUUUUUUUUGAUUAAUUGGCAUGAAGCCAUCUAAUUGAAUUUUGGCUUUAGAAUACAUGUGUGUUCUUUAUAUUCCCCAAAGGUCAAAUUGGAGUUUCUAAAGAAUAAAAACUUUUUAUGACUAUACGGUUUAAAAAUUAAAUUAUUAGUAAUUUAUUAAUUUAAAUAUUUUGAACUGAUUGGUUAUUUUUAAGUUGGAUCUGAGAAAACCUCAUUUACAUAAUCAACAUUCCUUGUGAAAACUUGGGUAAUAUAGGUAAGAAAUGGCAACUAAAUACUUUAAUUAGUUUUUAAUGUACAAAUUUGACAGUGUUACAAAUAAAGUGACCAUUAAAGCUAUAGCAAUCAUUCAUCCUGCUUUCAUAGUUAUACUGUAGAAGUCCUCUUAUUAAUCAAUCUAGAUGCUAAAUAUUUUACAAGUAUUUUCUUACUUCAUGUCAUUGAAAUAUUAGUGAAUUUGUAGGCCAUUUCCUUAUUGUAUUUCACUUAAUUGUCAGUUAUUACUUUAAAGAGAAAAUACACCAGAACCUCACUUGUAGCAUUCUUUACUGCAAAACAAUUUUUCAUUUAAGAUGGGUUCAUCUGAGGUCCAUACCAUUGCUGUUUACUUACUGUAUAGUGCAACAUCACCUCUAAGGCAGUUUCACAGCAUAGUCCCCAACAAUAUUAUACCUUGGCUCAGAUAUAUUUCUUUUAGUAGUUUUUCAGUGUACAACUUUUUUUUAUGGUUAUUAUAUAUUUACUUCAUCAAUUACUGAAUGAAGAAUGAUUAUCAUUAUUUGAAUUGGAUUUGUGAUUUGAUGAGAGUUGAAUAAUUGAACUAAAAUAUUUUAUUAGGCCCUAAAAUAUACAGUAAAUAGCUUCUUCUGUUAAAUUUUAUCACUGUAUGGCACAAGAAAGAAUAAGUGAUGUUGGAUAUGUUAGAGUUGAAAUAAGGAGUAAAAAUGCAUUACUGUUUGUUUAAUAAUUAUCUUUACAGAAUGCUAGUUUAAUGACUUUUCUAACUGAAUUUUUUUAAGAAUUCAGAAAUGUUUGUAUUGGUCACAGAUCUAUCAUAAUUGAUUUUCUGAUGCAUUUAAAAAGAAAUGGAACACUAAAUGUAUAUUACUGAUGGAAACUGUGGAUAAAAUUGAA